AUGAUUGGUAUCGAAGACUUUGAAAAGAAGUUGGAUCGUGACCAAGAUUCAUUGUUAAUGCAUGAGGAGGACUUGAAUCAAAGUACCGACAGUUCAAUACAUUCUUCAAUAUUGUCAAGUAGUAACUAUGAUGAUCAAUCAAAAGAUAAAGAACCAUUGGUAUCAUCGCCAAAGACUCCUGGAAGUAAUAGGAGUAGUCCAACAGGAAGUACAAGAAGGAAUGGUGAGGUCAAGGAGGUUAAGUUUAUGAAUGAGAAGAGUUAUCUGGUGGAGCAACAGACACAGGAUGAAGUCAAGGAUAAUACCAAAUCAGUGCCAACAGGCAAGUGGAGAUCAGUUCUAUUCUAUCUAUGUCUAUCAUCCUUCUGGCUGGGGCAUGCUGCCAUCAACAGUUCAUUGACAUCAGUGCUCUAUCCCAAACAAAUUGCGUACAUGGUUGGAGAUGAGGAGAAAGAGAGAUAUUUGGGUCAGUUACCUAUUUAUGGAGCGGCAAUAUCGAUUGUGAUGGCGCCAUUGGCUGGCGCUCUGUCUGAUCAUUGUAAGAGUCGGUUUGGAAGACGUAGAAUAUUUAUAUUCUUUGGAGUGAUCAUUUGUUGUGGAUUCCUCAUUCUAUCGAUCUUCCCUGGCAAGCAUAUAUAUUGGUUCAUGUUAUGUACUGUUGGCGUGCAGCUUGGAGGCCAGCUGGCUGACGGUCCCUACACGGGCCUGACGCCCGACGUCGUCCCCAAGGAACAAUACGGCAAGGCAAGUGGAUACCUUGCAUUUUCGAUGGCUAUUGGCAACCUGCUGGGCCUGUCUGGCACUGGCAUCAUGUUCUGGAACACAAAGAAUGAUGGCGAGACACCUGCCGAGCCACCCUUUGCGCAGGUCUACAGCUUCCUGGUCGUGGUGCUGGUGUUGUUCACCGUGCCCACAUUGAUUGGCGUGCCAGAGAAGCGAUUGACGGGCCAAGUGCCCAAGUUCACACUCAAACGAUUCUUCAUGUCGUUCUACCUGCCCUCAUCCCAGUAUCGCAACUUCUACUGGGUGAUCAUCACAAGAUUCUUCCAAGAGAUGGGCAUCUAUUCAAUCUUGCAGUUCUUCCAGUACUACCUCGAGGAUGUCAUCAAGGUGGAGAACGCCACGUUCUACACCACCGUGCUCCUGUGCAUCAUUGUCGUCACCAGUGUGCCCACAAGUAUUGUGGCCGGCCCACUCUCUGAUCGCUUUGGCCGCAAGGUAUGCGUGUACAUCUCAAGCGCUGCGAUGGCCCUCUGCACACUUGGCUUCAUGUUGCUCAGCUUCCGACCAAGCCUCACGAUCACUCUUGUGAUGGGCGCCUUCUUUGGCAUGGGCUACGGCGCCUACCAAGCCGUGGACUGGGCGCUGGCACUGGACGUGCUGCCAGAGAACGCCGACGUGGCCAAGGACAUGGGCAUCUGGCAUCAGGCCUUUGUAAUCCCAUCGGUACUGGCGCCAUUCAUUACAGGUAUGGUGAUUGAUUCAUUGCAUGUCAAGUACAGCUACCAGAUCGCCUACACGGUCGUCUUCUCCAUGACGAUCUUCUGGUUCACAAUGGCCACAGUAAUGAUCAAGCCAAUCAGAAUCGAGAACCGUUCUGGUAAAGAUAACUUUAUUCGUCUACACGCUGUAGAUGAUGAUGACAACAAGAGCACUAGCAGUACUCCAACUGGUGCAUAA